AUGCAUCCUGAAAUAAUAGUGGAAGAACUGGAAGAAGACGAAGCGGAAGACGAGGACGAAGAAGAAAAAGAAGACGUGGAAGCGGAGGAAGAUGACGUGGCGACUCCUCUCCGACCCACCGACACUUUCCCGUUCAAACGAAGGAAUUCGCCGUUUAUUCAGAAGAUGAGCGAGGAGAGUCUGAACCAUCUGAGAGCCAUCAACCCGGAUCUCGGCGAGUGCUCGGCUCCCUCGCCGACGCCCACUACGUGCUCCACGCUGUCAAGACACGAGUUCACAAGUUGGCGGAUUAACGAGGACGUCAUGGGCAACAUGAUGCAUAUCAGUGAGUUCUUUCCAAAGUGUCAAAAAGGGUAA